CUGUGGUAGUCUUCUUCUCUCGACCAAAGGCAAAGAGACAGUGAAUUGACAUGAACAUGAACAUGAAGACGAAGAGUAGUAAUUCAAUAUUGGGGUGGUCUUAUUUGAUGAUGUUGAUGAAGAACAAUUUGCCUUAUAUAUGCAUGGUGGUGUGCAAUAUUGUAUAUGCAGGGAUGGCCUUGUUCGCAAAAGCUGUAAUUUCUAAAGGAAUGAACCCUUAUAUCUUUGGUGCUUAUCGUCAAGCUUUUGGCACUCUUGCCUUGGCCCCUUUUGCUUUCUACCUUGAAAGAAAGAACUCUGCUCUGCUAUCAUGCAGCAUACUCUGCAAGAUCUUCUUGGUUUCAUUGAUUGGGAUUACGCUGUGCAUAAAUCUCUUGAAUGUUUCAUUUUGUUACGUCCCAGCAACAUUUGCUUCUGCCACUACUAACACAAUUCCUGCUAUUACCUUUAUCAUCGCCAUUCUUUUAAGGAUGGAAAGCGUUGCCAUAACUGAAUGGAGUGGAGUGGCAAAGGUAUUGGGUACAAUGCUAUGUGUUGGUGGGGCUGCGGUGUAUUCUUUUGUGAAGGGGCCUCUUGUGUAUCCACAGGCUGCCCAAGAUCAAAAUUCACACUCAUAUACAGGGUGUGGCACCAAAGCACAGUGCCUAAAAGGCUCUCUUUUUCCCCUCUCUGCCCAGGCUCUUUGCUCUUUGUGGCUUAUUAUGCAUGGUCCUCUCACAAAGAUAUAUCCAGAUAAACUAAGACUUACAACAAUACAAUGCUUCUUUAGCUGCAUACAAUCGGCAAUAUGGGCUGUGGCAGUUGAGAGGAACAUAUCAGCAUGGAAACUUGGUUGGGAUCUUAACCUUCUUGUUGUGGCCUAUUGUGGUGUAAUUUUCGUAGCGCUGACAUACUGGUUGAGAAUUUGGGUGAUAGAGAAGAGAGGCCCGGUUUUUUCAGCUACAUUUAAUCCAUUAGCAUUCAUUGUUACAGCCAUCUUCUCAGCAAUCUUGUGGAAGGAGACCCCUCAUUGGGGAAGUGUUUGUGGAGCUUUACUGCUAGUGGGAGGCCUCUUUGGUGUUUUGUGGGGGAAGCACAAAGAAGCAAAAGCCAAACCAUUACUUGAACAAAAAUCAGAAACAAAAGAAGCCAAAUCAAUUGAACAGAAAUUAGAAACAAAAGAGGAAAGCGUAUAGCGUUGUACAAUCAAAAUACUGUGUACUCGAAAAAAAUAAUAUGUCAAGAACUUGAGUGUUAGUCACACUAUAUUAUUGACUUUUAUAAUUACCUUGUCCAUGAUUUCAUGUCGAGGAAAAAAAAUAAAAAAUUUACCAAUAAAUCUCAAAUAGGGGAAUGUUGAUCAUUUAAUCGUAAGAGUUUUCUUAUGAACCAAUGAAUUUAUUUUUUUUUUAGAAAGUUGUAUUUAUUUGAUUUGGAGCCAUUUAAGUUUAGGUGA